UCUCUUUCUUUCCGGUUGUCAAAAGUGCAGUGCAUCCCGAACCGCAAAACAAUGGCCGACGUUGAUGUUGAUGUUCCCUCCGCAGCCCCCGUUCUGGAUGGCGCCAUGGACAUUAACACCGCCCUGCAGGAGGUCCUGAAGAAGUCCCUGAUCGCCGAUGGACUCGUCCAUGGCAUCCACCAGGCCUGCAAGGCCCUGGACAAACGUCAGGCUGUCCUGUGCAUCCUGGCCGAGUCCUUCGACGAGCCCAACUACAAGAAGCUGGUCACCGCCCUGUGCAACGAGCACCAGAUCCCCCUGAUCCGCGUGGACUCGCACAAGAAGCUGGGUGAGUGGUCCGGUCUGUGCAAGAUCGACAAGGAGGGCAAGCCCCGCAAGGUGUGCGGCUGCUCCGUGGUCGUGAUCAAGGAUUUCGGUGAGGAGACACCCGCUUUGGACGUGGUUAAGGACCAUCUCAGGCAGAACAGCUAAACUAAACGCUGUACCCUGUCUGUUGAAUGAGAGACUACGUGAAAGUUUUUUUUAAGCUUAUCGCUAAUUGAAAAUAAAACGUAUUUGCACCUGAAUCCAGAUGAAAAUAAAAGAAAGUUGACCUUUUUA